CGGUGGCGCAAGGAGGCGGACUUAGGCCCCUCAGCUCCGGCUGGGCUCCGCCGCCAUUUUGGGUUGUGUGGGUUUCCGAGACGUUCUGAGCGGGGACUCGCUCGUGGAGGUUCAGCAGGUCGCAGGCCGGUGGUACGCGUCCGCGUGUCAGGUUGGAGCCGGGAGGCGUCCCUGGGGGUACCGGCGGCGGGGGCAGGAUGAGCGCGGAGGCGGCGGACCGGGAGGCGGCCACCUCCAGCCGGCCCUGCACCCCGCCGCAGACCUGCUGGUUCGAGUUCCUGCUGGAAGAGUCGCUGCUGGAGAAACAUUUGCGCAAGCCCUGCCCGGAUCCUGCACCAGUUCAACUUAUUGUUCAGUUUUUGGAACAGGCUUCCAAACCUUCAGUUAAUGAACAAAACCAGGUGCAGCCUCCACCUGAUAACAAGAGAAAUCGUAUUUUAAAGCUACUUGCUCUUAAAGUUGCUGCACAUCUGAAGUGGGACUUAGACAUAUUAGAGAAAAGUUUGUCUGUUCCAGUAUUGAAUAUGCUGCUAAAUGAACUGCUGUGCAUCAGUAAAGUUCCUCCUGGGACAAAGCAUGUGGAUAUGGAUUUGGCCACCUUACCCCCGACCACUGCCAUGGCUAUCCUUCUCUACAAUAGAUGCAUGAAUCAGAUGCAACAGGAGAAAGAACUAACAGAAAACAUUUUGAAAGUACUAAAAGAGCAAGCUUCUGAUUCUAUUUUGGUACUAGAGGCAGCCCUUAAAUUAGACAAGGAUCUUUAUGUCCACACGAUGAGAACGCUAGAUUUAUUGGCAAUGGAGCCAGGCAUGGUAAAUGGAGAAGCAGAGAGUUCUACUGCUGGAUUGAAAAUCAGAACUGAGGAGAUGCAGUGCCAGGUGUGUUAUGAUUUGGGUGCAGCAUACUUCCAGCAAGGCUCUACAAAUGCAGCUGUUUAUGAAAAUGCCAGAGAAAAAUUUUUUAGAACCAAAGAACUAAUUGCAGAGAUAGGUUCAUUAUCUCUUCAUUGUACCAUAGAUGAGAAGCGGUUAGCAGGCUAUUGUCAAGCAUGUGAUGUUCUUGUACCUUCUUCUGAUAGUACAUCUCAACAGUUGACGCCAUAUAGUCAAGUCCAUAUUUGCUUGAGAUCUGGCAGCUAUCAGGAUGUAGUAAAGAUUUUUAUUGAAGAUAAUUUAACCUUCAGUUUACCUGUCCAGUUCCGGCAGUCAGUACUAAGGGAACUCUUUCAGAAAGCUCAACAGGGAAAUGAAGCUCUAGAGGAAAUCUGUUUUAAAGUCUGUGCCUGUAACACAGUCCGUGAUAUAUUGGAAGGUAGAACGAUUAGUGUUCAAUUUAACCAGCUAUUUCUUAGACCUAAUAAAGAGAAAAUAGACUUUCUUCUUGAGGUAUGUUCAAGAUCAAUAAAUUUAGAAAAAGCUUCAGAUUCUUUGAAAGGAAACAUGGCUGCUUUUCUAAAGAAUGUGUGUCUGGGGUUGGAAGAUCUGCAGUAUGUUUUCAUGAUUUCUUCACAUGAGCUUUUCAUUACAUUGUUGAAAGAUGAAGAACGAAAGCUACUGGUUGAUCAAAUGAGGAAGAGAUCCCCUAGAGUAAAUCUGUGUAUUAAGCCUGUAACUUCAUUUUAUGAUAUCCCAGCCUCAGCAAGUGUCAACAUUGGCCAGUUGGAGCAUCAGCUGAUAUUGUCAGUGGAUCCCUGGAGGAUUCGACAGAUUUUAAUUGAAUUACAUGGUAUGACGUCAGAGCGCCAAUUCUGGACAGUGUCUAACAAGUGGGAAGUACCUUCUGUUUAUAGUGGGGUUAUCCUGGGGAUUAAAGACAGUUUAACAAGAGAUUUGGUUUACAUUCUGUUGGCCAAAGGUUUACACUGCAGUGCUGUUAAGGACUUUCCCCAUGCCAAACAGUUGUUUGCUGCUUGUUUGGAGUUGGUAACAGAGUUCUCACCGAAACUCCGUCAGGUCAUGCUGAAUGAGAUGCUGCUUUUAGAUAUUCAUACACAUGAAGCUGGAACAGGGCAAUCAGGAGAGAGACCUCCUUCUGAUCUUAUUAGUAGGGUGCGAGGCUAUCUGGAAAUGAGGCUUCCCGAUAUUCCUCUUCGUCAAGUUAUAGCUGAGGAGUGUGUUGCUUUUAUGUUAAACUGGAGAGAAAAUGAAUACCUUACACUGCAAGUUCCCGCAUUUCUGCUUCAGAGUAAUCCAUAUGUAAAGCUUGGACAGCUUUUAGCAGCUACAUGCAAAGAACUUCCAGGCCCUAAAGAAAGUAGACGGACUGCUAAAGACCUUUGGGAAGUUGUUGUUCAGAUCUGUAGUGUAUCCAGUCAACACAAACGAGGAAAUGAUGGCAGAGUUAGUUUAAUAAAGCAGAGGGAAUCUACAUUAGGUAUAAUGUAUCGGAGUGAACUACUUUCUUUUAUCAAAAAAUUACGGGAGGACAUCGUGAAUGAUAUUACAGCUGAACACAUUUCUAUUUGGCCAUCCUCCAUCCCCAACCUCCAGUCAGUGGACUUUGAAGCUGUGGCAAUCACAGUGAAAGAGCUAGUUCGGUAUGCUCUCAGCAUAAAUCCAAACAACCAUUCCUGGUUAAUUAUUCAGGCAGACAUUUAUUUUGCAACAAACCAGUAUUCGGCAGCUCUUCACUAUUACCUACAGGCAGGAGCUGUGUGUUCUGAUUUCUUUAAUAAGGCUGUGCCCCCUGAUGUUUAUACAGACCAGGUAAUAAAACGAAUGAUAAAAUGCUGUUCUUUGCUGAAUUGCCACACACAGGUGGCAAUUUUAUGUCAGUUCCUCAGAGAAAUUGACUACAAAACAGCCUUUAAAUCAUUGCAAGAACAAAACAGUCAUGAUGCGAUGGACUCCUACUAUGACUACAUAUGGGACGUUACCAUUUUGGAGUACUUGACCUAUCUUCAUCAUAAAAGAGGAGAAACAGAUAAAAGACAAAUUGCGAUCAAAGCCAUCGGUCAGACAGAAUUGAACGCAAGCAACCCAGAAGAAGUGUUACAGCUGGCAGCACAGAGAAGAAAAAAAAAGUUUCUCCAAGCAAUGGCUAAACUUUACUUUUAAACAGUUAGUUAAAAUUUUUUAUUUUUCAAACAAUGGGCUAAAAAUAAACAGUAUUAUAUUAUAUAAUA